GGUCUCGCGAGAGCAGUAGAGGGCGGAAGCACAGUUAGUGCAGGAUGCGGUUCCUGGUUGCGUUGAUCCUGCUGAGCGUCGUUGUGGCGGUAGACCUACCGCUAGAAAACUCUAGCCAGUCGCAGCCUCAGGCUACGGGAGACGGCUCCAGCAAGGGGAAGUCCCAGGUGCAGUCCACAGAAGAUGACUCUAACAAGGAGAAGCCCCAGCUACAGUCCACGGGAGAUAACUCUAACAAGGAGAAGUCUCAACUGCAGUCCUCGGGAGACGGCUCUAGCAAGGUGGAUCCCCAGCCGCAGUCCACGGGAGACGGCUCUCGCAAGGUGGAUCCCCAGCCGCAGUCCACGGGAGACGGCUCUCGCAAGGUGGAUCCCCAGCCGCAGUCCACGGGAGACGGCUCUCGCAAGGUGGAUCCCCAGCCGCAGUCCACGGGAGACGGCUCUCGCAAGGUGGAUCCCCAGCCGCAGUCCACGGGAGACGGCUCUCGCAACGUGGAUCCCCAGCCGCAGUCCACGGGAGACGGCUCUCGCAACGUGGAUCCCCAGCCGCAGUCCACGGGAGACGGCUCUCGCAACGUGGAUCCCCAGCCGCAGUCCACGGGAGACGGCUCUCGCAACGUGGAUCCCCAGCCGCAGUCCACGGGAGACGGCUCUCGCAAGGUGGAUCCCCAGCCGCAGUCCACGGGAGACGGCUCUCGCAAGGUGGAUCCCCAGCCGCAGUCCACGGGAGACGGCUCUCGCAACGUGGAUCCCCAGCCGCAGUCCACGGGAGACGGCUCUCGCAACGUGGAUCCCCAGCCGCAGUCCACGGGAGACGGCUCUCGCAAGGUGGAUCCCCAGCCGCAGUCCACGGGAGACGGCUCUCGCAACGUGGAUCCCCAGCCGCAGUCCACGGGAGACGGCUCUCGCAACGUGGAUCCCCAGCCGCAGUCCACGGGAGACGGCUCUCGCAACGUGGAUCCCCAGCCGCAGUCCACGGGAGACGGCUCUCGCAACGUGGAUCCCCAGCCGCAGUCCACGGGAGACGGCUCUCGCAAGGUGGAUCCCCAGCCGCAGUCCACGGGAGACGGCUCUCGCAAGGUGGAUCCCCAGCCGCAGUCCACGGGAGACGGCUCUCGCAACGUGGAUCCCCAGCCGCAGUCCACGGGAGACGGCUCUCGCAACGUGGAUCCCCAGCCGCAGUCCACGGGAGACGGCUCUCGCAAGGUGGAGUCUCAGCCACAGUCCGUGGGAGACGGCUCUCGCAAGGUGGAGUCUCAGCCACAGUCCGUGGGAGACAGCCCUAGUAAGGUAAAGCCCCAACCGCAGUCCACAGGACAGGGCUCCAGCAAGCAGAAGCCCCAGCCCCAGACCACGGGAGAUGACCCUAGCAAGGAGAAGCUGCAGCAGCAGUCCUUGAACUCCAACAAGCUGGUCUCCAACCCCUCCUCUGAUAACAAGGAACCCACCAAUCCUGACUUAAACAUACCAGCUGACAAAGAUACCUCUCUGCAUGCUUCUAGAGGUGAAUCUGGGAAGACAGUAUUACUGGACUCUGACCCCACUUCUCCACAGCAGGAGAGAGAAGGUAAGUCUUCAGAGCUUACAGAAGAUGUGGAGCCCAAGAAGGCUGAGGAAGGCGAUACAGAGCCUGAAGGUUCACCGCCCCAAGAAGAGAAAGAGAUGCCCGGCCUUGCCUCCAGUGAGAACCGUGAAGGAACACUUUUGGAUUCCAUGGGUAGGGAGAAUGAUGACCUUUAUAAAGACAGUCUUGGAAGUGCCAGUGCAGAGAGCAGCCACUUCUUUGCAUAUCUGGUGACUGCAGCCAUACUUGUUGCUGUCCUCUAUAUUGCCUAUCACAACAAGCGGAAGAUUAUUGCUUUUGUGCUAGAAGGAAAAAGAUCUAAAGUUACUCGACGGCCAAAGGCCAGUGAUUACCAGCGUUUGGACCAGAAGAUUUGAUUUCUCUGUUCUUGAGAACUUUGUCCUCCCUGCUGAUUUGUUUUUAAAUCAAGAGAAAUGAAGAAAAAAAAGUGCUGUGACCUAAGAGACACCCCCUCCUCUAGGGUUUGGUGGCAAAUCGGGCCUGGCAGAGGCGGGGGGUAUUGCUUAGCUUUUUGCACCUGCACUUUGGUGACCUUGUACUCCUGUGUCCCCAUCACCUAUGCUGGUGUCUUCCAUCCUUUCCUCCUCUGAGUGUGAGUAGAGGGAGCAUGUGGGAAGCCAGCUAUGACCAAAGGGAGACCUCAGCCCCAGGCAGGCUACUGCUGCUGACUGCCUUCCCUUGGGCCUUGGCCCUUUCGUAGUUAACCCUUGAAAACAGCAUUGCACCCACCACAAGUUAUCUUUGCAGACCUAGGAGAAAACUAGGUUGAAAAGUCAACCUAGGAGAAAACUCACCUGCAGGUUGAGGUGCUUCUGUACCAAGGCCUCAUCUGGAGGGAUGUGCCCUACAAAAGAUGUAGAAGGUGAAUGCUGACGGGCAAAGGGCUACUUUGAAUACGUAAUUCUCUUCAAAGGCUUCAGCAGCAAACCAAAACAGCUUUUAAAAAGUGCUUUAUUGCCUGCAGUCCAACCUGUCUAGUGUAAGUUCUUCACAUUUUCCUGAUAUUUUCGUAUUACUUAAGACAAAGUGAGUCAGCUUCCAUUUGGUUGUACUGAGCAUAAAACUGAACUUGGGGAUUCUGGAAGUAAAGCUGUAAAGCCACGGUUCCCAUCACAGAUUUUUAAAAAUAUAGUUAUGAUUAUUGAAAAUACUGUGUUUGGCUAUACUCAUAAUUGUAACAGGAACUUUUUAAAAUAGGGUGAGCUCAUACUUUGCAGCAGAAAAUGUGCAGGAGGGUUUGGUUUUGAUCUGCAUUAUUUUCCUAGGGUUUUAUGAAAGGUUUCCCAUAAACUCUGUUUGACAUUUGUUGCCUAAAAUAGACAAAUUAGACUUGUAGUCAGAAACUAACUGUACUGUCUCUUUUACCUUAAUCUAGUUAAUGGUUCUCUAUCUGAUAUAGGAUGUCAAGGGUAAUUAGUAAAAACUCUCCUUCCAUUCCAUGUCAGAGGUUGUUAAAACUUAAGAAAUUCAGAGAGUUCCCCUGGGGUAACUGAGGAUCCAACAUAGUGUUUUGGAUCAUUCUGUGGUUUGAAGUUUUACUUAAGUCCGUUCUAGCUGUGCUACCUAUUAUAGAGAGCCUAGAGAGAGUUGUUCUGCAGAGAAAAAAAUGGAAUUAGAAUAGCUGAUCUCAGGGAAAUACAAAGAAUGUGGGAAGUGAGGGGUGGGAUGAAUUCUGUGCUGCUCAAGUCAUUCUGCAGAAAGGACCAUCCUGUUGGCACAUGACCUUGCACCUCACUUAAAACAGCAUGGCUUUGAGUUGAGAUUUAUGGAGACAAGGAAUAAAUGAAUGCUCUCGGCGUCAUGCCCUCUUCCUGUGCGUCAGUCUUGUAACACUUUCCUCUGAGGAAUUUUCUGUCCGGCUCUCCUAGCAUUCUGUAAAACCAUAGUUCCCCUCUGCCUACCUUUCCUUCUCCCCUCUGAUGUUUUCUGUUUCUCUGUCUACACUAGCACCUUUCCUUCUACCUUUAUGCAUGCCCAGAUUUCCCGUUCCCAUCCAUCCUGUUUGUUACUCCUUCCCUUCGUAAUCUUUGUACACUCAUGUCGGUCCCUGUCUUCCUACUAGUAGUGUUUUUCCUGAGGUUCAGAUUGCCAAAGGUAAUGGGUUAUUCUCAAAGCUUAGUCUUGUUCUGGAUAGAACUGAACAUUAUUGACCAUCCAAAUUGAAAUUCCCCCCUUCUGGUUUCUCUGACUGACUGUCCUGGCUUCUAAGAACUUUGCUUUACCCUGUGCUGGUGGGGGAAGAGAGCCCUCAAAGGCUGGUUUCUCUCUUCCUUCAUCUUCCCAGAAAUUCAUCCAUCCCUCAUCCUCUGAGUGAGUGACUCCCAAGUGUUUAUCCUUGGCCUGGUUCCCAAAGAAUCAAAUCCUGUUGUGCGCUGUUAGUUUGCUCUGUUGGCACUAAAAACUGAAGUUCUCUCUAAUACCCAUCAAGCUGCCCAUCUCAGCUGCCCAUUUUAUUUGUCUCAGCUCCAAACUGUGGUCUUUUACCAUUUUUAUCUGUUACAACAGACCUAUCCAUUAACAAGUCUCCAGUAUAAUCUUUCUUUCCAUUUUCCUUGCUUUUCUGUCAUCGCACCCCCACCAUUUCACUUCUCUCCUGAAUUCCCAACCCGCCCAAGAGCCAUCCUGACUGGUCCUCCUGUCCAUCUUCUCUCAUGUACAGAUUGAUCUUUCCAAAAUCCUUGCCCUGAUCUAAAGCUUCUGUCUACCUCUCAUGGCUUAGAGAAUCUAGCUGUAUAGACUGUAGUGUUCAGGACUCUGCAGAUGGGCACUUUCUUGCCAGGUUUUCUCUGCAUCCUGCCCAGGCCGAAGGCUCCUCUUGUCAGGCCCAUCUAGGCCUCUGUGCCUUUUUGUUGUUGCUGUGCCCUCCAUUCCCUGGCUUCCGUGGUUGUUCUUCAGUCAGGGCACACUCCUUUCUCUUCUUUCACUUGCCUCCCCAGAUGUUUCUUCAGGCCCCAGCUCAGGUUUUUCCAUGCACCUUCUUAACUCCUCCACCACGUGAUUGUUGGCUCUUUCCAUUCUAUUCUAAUAACUCUUAAUAAUGCCAAUCACAAAUUUUGUAACUCCAGCAAAAAAGCAGACUUAUCUGAUGUCUGUAUCUGGUCUCUCCUCCCCAAAACGAAGCUACUUGCAGGAGUGCCCUUGGCACCACCUGCAUAGCUGCCUAGUGUAGUGACAUCCCCUAGGUACUUCAGGAGUUCAGUGUCUUCUUGCAGAGACAUUUUCCUUGUUCAGGACGUCUGAAUGUGACUUACCUGAUGUCUCAUACAGCUCUUCCUGGCUACUGGUUGCUGUCCCUUACUGAUAGAUUUUGCUUGUAAGGAGGGUGAGCAGAAAGAAAGAUUGGUUUCAGGAACCAAGAGGGUUGGCACCAAGUGGAUGCAUAAGGAUUCUGUGGAGUCCGCAUAGUUCCAUGUUUUGAGCAUCCGAGAAGUAUCGUUUCUUGUGCUAAAAGAGUACAAUAGAAUUUAAGCUUCACUGUAGAAAUUACACUGAAGGAACUCUCUCACACCAGUGGAAAACUUUUCUCAGUAGUUGUCCUUUUGAAGAUAAACUAUUGAUAGCAUGUUUUUCUAGAGGUGGUGUGGAUGAGGGUGAGCUGGCUUGAGGCAUCUCUCAAGAUGGGGGCGGGGUGGGGGGAAGGGUAGGGAUGGGCAGGGAAGUCCCUGGAGCCACGAGAAGCACCGCUAUCUAGACAGCUAUGUCUUUCCUGCCCCAGCCUUUGGUUGAAAAUUGAUUUCUAGUAGGAGGAAUCUGUGUUUCAGUCAUGGAUGUCAGUAGAGGGGUUUCGUUUCUUGCUACAGAUUACUGAGUAGAAUUAUUUAAAGAUGCUUUUCUGGACUCUGGGGGAACGAAGGCCAGUCUAUCUAGAAAGGCUACAACAACUCGGAAAGACCUGACAAUGAGCUAUAUGUAUGCUGACGUUUCUUUUCCCAUAAUGGCUUUUAAUGAAACGUUUGGUGAUAGAAUUAUAAACCUCUAGAGUUCCCCUGAUGGUGAUUCUCAUUUUUUUCUCUACUUCAUGACAUCUAAAUCAAAAAAGGAAGCCUGCUUCUUGUUUUUACAAGGUAACUUGAUACAUAAUGCUGUUAUGUAUGUGUGAUGAAAGCUAGCACACUUCGCACAUGUUCUGAAUCACUUGAACAGGGAAGAGAGUAUCUUGUACACCAGACACCAGAUCCUGGUGUUCUUCCAGCUGUUUUCUGAAAAGUCUUGCUGAGAAGGUUGCCUUUGACAUUGCCUUGCUUAAGGAAGAAUCCUGGGAAGAGAUUUCCAGGUUCCAUUUAACUCUUCAUCCAGAGCAAGACAGAAUCUCAACUCACCUAGUUCCUCAAGACACCUGUGAAUUUCCUAAAUGUCCCAGUUGAGAAACUCCUCUGUAAUAGUGUUGGGUCUGAGCUGUGUAGCUACAAGCUGCCAACAAAAGCAGCCUCCUCACACUUAGAUAUUCCUUUAAUUCAGAAGUUUCUCAUGUUAAAUAAAUGAUUGUUGAAGUUGUCUCCCUUUUUUGUUUACCGGA